UCUGGCACGGUGCAUCGUGGAUCGUUUCCUAUAACCCGUGGCCAGAUGCGCUCAGCCGAUAAGGAUAUUUAAAUCACACAUGCAGUGCCCUCGUGUGGACGCGGUAGAAAAUAUUCCAAUAGCACGUAGUUGCGCGCUACCACUUGCAACGUAACAGUCGUUAUGGAGAAGAAAGUGAUAAAUCAAAAAGAAUAUUUGAAGAAAUACUUAUCUUCGGGAGAUGGCGAUGAUAAGAAGAAAAAGAAAAAGAAAAAGAUGAAAUCGGGAGCAAAAACAGUAAAAAUCAUUGAUGAUGACAUAGACCUGAAGAAUAUGAGACCAAUGGAAGAGAAUGAAUUUGAUAUUUUCAUCAAUGCAGAAGAUGCGCCUCAAAUUGCUGGUGUAGUAGACGAACGUGGACCUGUUGAUUUCACAGACAAAAGAAGAUGGAAAAUAAUAGCUGAUGAUGAGGGUGGUGACUUAACUGUUAGUAGUAUAGUUAAAGAAACUAAACAAUUUAAACAAGUUAAUGAUAUUUCUGAUGAGUUAAGCCCACCAAGAAAAUCAAAGAAAUAUUCAGACGUCGAUUUGUCUCCUCCAAGAAUAUCUAAAAAGACAAAGGAUAAAAUAAAUACAAAAGCAAAAAGGGAUGAGGAUAGUGAUCUAAGUCCACCUAGAAUAAAAUCUAAGAAUCAUAUUAGUUCUAAACAUAAAUCUUUACAAAGUGAUAGUGAUAGUGACAGCAGCCAAGCAACAGACGUUUCAUCUCAUAAAAUUAAAAAAAGGACAAGAAAGAAUAAGAAAGCAUGUGAUGAUUCUGAUUUAAGUCCACCUAGAAGGUGGACUAAAGAUUAUGAUUCAGAUUUAAGUCCACCAAGGAAAAGUAAAAAGCAUAAAUCAAAGAAAGGUAUGAAGCAUAAAGACAUAAAUGAUUUAAAAUUGAGGCCUUCUAGAAAAGAUAGAAAAGAUUCUGAUUCAGAUAUAAAUAUUUCUAGAAGAAAUAGAAAAGAUUCUGAUUCAGAUAUGAGUCUUUUUCGAAAGAAUAGAAAAGAUUCAGAUUCAGAUUUGAGUCUAGAAAGAAAAAAUAAAACUUAUGAAUCAGAUCUAAGUCCACCAAGAAAAAGUAAGAAACAUAAGCAUAGAACAAAAGAUAGUGAUUCCGAGUUUAGUCCACCUAGGAGAAAGUAUGAAAGAGAUGUAAAUGUUCAUAUGAGUUCCAAACGCAAAGAUAGAAAUGAUGAAUCAGAUUACAGUCUAGCAUGGCAAAGUAAGAAAGAUAGAAAUUUAUAUUUCGAGACCAAAAGAAAUAAAUAUGAUAACACAUUAAAAGAAAGUUCACCAAGGCAACAUAAAUACAGGCACGAGAAAACAGGAAAGAAUAGAAUUGAUAAACAUUCCGAGAUGAACACUUGGUUCGACAAGAGACAUUAUGAUUCAGAUAUGACUCCACCUUGUAAAAGAAAUAGGGAUGUAGACAUAAGUCCAAAUAGAUUUAGAAAAAGUGACAAAGAUUUCUAUAAGAACAAAUCAGGCAAAUAUAAUAAGUAUGAUAAUAAUAAGUAUAAUCAUGAUCCAAGAUAUUCACAUAGAGAAAAUUCCUAUGUUAAGGAAAAGAAAUCGAAAUACGGAGAUAUCAAUGAAGAUAAUAAUGAAACACGGAUGAAGAAAACAUUAGAUGGAAAAACGGCAGGCUUACAAAAUGCAAGAGCACUGCGAGAAGAAACAGAGGCAUACAAGAAACGAGAAGCGGAACAUUUCAGUAAGCUUAGUAAAGAAGUCACGGGUGUUGGUCUGCCAGCGGUUAUACGAGAUACUAAGACAGGUAGAAAACGUAAUUUAGAAGCAGAAGCAAUAGAAGAGCGCGAAAAGCAGAAGCAACAAGCAGAAAUGGACGAAAAAUAUGCUAAAUGGGGAAGAGGCUUAAAACAAGUCGAAGAUCAUCAAGAAAAGUUAAAAGACGAUCUUUAUGAAAUGAGUAAACCUUUAGCGAGAUAUGCAGAUGACGUUGAUUUGGACAAGAGACUUAGGGAACAAGAAAGAGAAGGUGACCCUAUGUUAGAAUACAUCAAACAAAAACAAAUAAAAGAAGGAAAGAGGAAACCAGAUCGACCCAAAUAUGAAGGAUCAUUUAUGCCAAAUCGUUUUGGUAUUAAACCUGGUCAUAGGUGGGAUGGAGUUGACAGGAGUAAUGGCUACGAAAAACGAUGGUUUGAAGCGCAAAAUGCAAGGGUAGCACGGCAAGAAGAAGCUUAUAAAUGGAGCACUUCUGACAUGUAAAAUGUACGCGUUUCUUCAUUUUUUUCUUUUUUUUCCUUUAUGUACAAUACUUGCUAUUACAUGGUUAAGAAUACAUUGUAAUUGUGAACUAAACAAUCGAAAAUAUACAGGGUGUCCAAUUUUA